AUGAGGCACAUACAGCCCCUGAGCACCUUACUCUUGGUAUUUGCCAAACUCAUCACCGUCAGAGCUAGUGAAACGAUGACAAAUGUUUCAAACCUUGAGCUUAAUGGCAUCGACAUCAGCGCCAGCAAAAUGAGGCAUAUAAAAGGGGUGUCUUUGAUGUUAUCCAGUCUGUGUCUUGUUAAUACUCUUUCCCAACACAAGCAAGUAUUGAAGCUACCUUGUCUUUAUAACUUUGCAAGCUUUAAAAAAUCAACCCACUUUCCAUUUUUCAAUCUAUCUCAAAUGUCUUCCACAUCGUAUUUCGUCACUGGCGGUAACAGAGGCAUUGGUCUCGCACUGGUCAAAGAGUUGAGCUCCGACGCGAAAAACACCGUUGUUGCUACUGCUAGAGAACCAAACUCUGCCAAUGACCUAAAAGACUGGGCUGUAAAGCAUCCUAAUGUGAAAAUCGUGCAGUUGGAUGUCUCUUCGAGCAAGAGCGUCGAGGCCGCCGCUGAGGAAACUGCAGCACUCUUGCCUGACGGGCUAGACGUGCUGGUGUCAAACGCUGGGGUCCUUAAGGACAUUGGCAAGUACUUGGACCACCCAGAUGAACUUUACAUCGAGCAGUUCAACGUUAACGCUGUGGGUCCAGUUAGAUUAGUAAGAGCGUUCAAACCCUUGCUGGACAAGAAGGACACAAGAGAGGUCGCCGUGGUGUCUUCUCUAGUUGGAUCUCUAAACGUCGAGCUACCAGUCGGGUUUUCGGGUUACGGAGUUUCCAAAGCUGCCGCCAACUAUAUUGUGAAAGGUUUGAUUCAAGAACUUUCUCCCGAGGGCUACAGUCUUGUGGCGGUCCACCCUGGUCUUGUAGGGAGCGACAUGGGAGACGACACGUUCGUGCAGCUGGGCAACGAGGUCUCGGGCCAAUUGAAAAGCGCGCUGCCGCUGCUCACUCCUGGAGAGUCUGCCAAAGCCAUUAAAGAGAACGUAUUGACGGACUUGAAGGCCAAAAAUGCAGGUAAGUUUUUGAGCUACGAAGGUUCUGAGCUUCCAUGGUGA